AUGUCCUCGGAGGGGGAUGCCGAGGCGGCUGCUGAGAGCGGGCCGGGCAGCACCCCCGCCCCGGGGGCGGCCGCCGCCGAGCGGGAGGAGCAACGCCCCGUGAAGCAGUCCCUGAGUGCCUGCAUGUGCAGAGAGUCCCACUGGAAAUGCCUCCUCCUCUCCAUCCUCAUGUACGGCUGCCUGGGAGCGGUGGCCUGGUGUCAGCUGGCCCGGGUCACCAAGCUCAGCUUCGAUAGCUCCUUCAAGGGCAAGUCCAUGAUCUACCAUGACAGCCCCUGCUCGGACGGCUAUGUCUACAUCCCACUGGCCUUCCUCUCCAUGCUCUACGUGGUUUACCUGGUGGAGUGCUGGCACUGCCACGUCAAGAGAGAGCUGCAGUACAAGGCGGAUGUGGACAGCGUCUAUGAAUGCAUCAACCGCAUGCAGCAAGCUACUCCAUGCAUCUGGUGGAAGGCCAUCAGCUACCACUUCGUGCGGCGAACCCGGCAGGUGACCCGGUACCGCAAUGGCGAUGCCUACACCACUACGCAAGUCUAUCACGAAAGGGUCAACACCCAUGUGGCUGAAGCUGAGUUUGAUUACUCUCACUGUGGGUACAAGGACAUCUCCAAGGAGCUCCUGGGCCUGGAGAGCUACACAGCCACCAAGCUGAGGUUCACCAAAUGCUUCAGCUUUGCCAACAUUGAGUCUGAGAACUCUUACCUGACCCAGAGAGCUCACUUCUUCACAGAGAUUGAGGGUCUGGAUGACUACAUGGAGGUGAGGGAAGGCAUGCAGCUCAAAAACGUGGACUUUAAAGAGCUUAUGAUGGCCUACGGGGACCCGGAUCACCUCCCAUGGUACGUGUCCCACUAUGCUUUCUGGGUGGCUGCCAUCCUGAUGAUCUCGUGGCCACUCAGGGUACUCAUAGAGUAUCGGACUGCGUAUGUCCACUACCACGUGGAGAAGCUGCUGGGCCUGGAGUACACGGCACCCACUGCGGCGGAGGAGCCCCUCUACAGGUACCGCAUGCCCCGAGACACCACGCAGGACAGCACAGAGCUGGAGUGGCACAUCUGCACCAACCGGCAGCUGAUCCCCAGCUACUCGGAGGCCAUGCUGAUGGACCUGGCUGACUCCCCGGCGUACAACAGCUACACAGUGUGUCGGUACAGCGAAGCGACCCACGGCUGCGAGCGCUGCAACCGCACCUCCAGCACCUCCUCCAUCUUCUCACGCCACGCUUUCCACAGCUGCAGCGGCAACUCCCGCCUGUCCCUCAACACCAGCCGCUUCUCCCUCUGCCGCGUCCACGGCUCCCACAGGACAGGCCUCUGGAGGAGCCACAGCAGCAGCAUCGCUGACCGGGGCUGCCACGACGAGCAGUGCUGCUCCUACUCCAGCCAGCUGGCUGUCAACGAAAACCCCCCAACCUACCAUGAUGCCCGCUUCUUCCCUGUCCUGAUCGUGCACAGGCCAGAGGGGCACGACGGACGACACUUCUACGUCAGACGCUCCUCCUGUCUGGAAACGUCUCUGUGA